AAUCCUGAUGACAAACAGGAUGAGGGUUCCAUUAAAGAAAGCAAUAUGGAGGCUUUGGAACAGGGAAAUGGGAACGAUAAUGUAUCCAAUACCAAGGAACCAUCGAUUAGCAACAUAGAACCAUGUCAGGUAUAUGAAGGUGAAGGCCAAGUGGAGGACAAUUUAAAACCCAGUGCUGAACAAACUGUUCAUCAGGUGAUUGAAGGAAUCCUCUCUGACCCUGAGGAGUGCAAAUCCUCUCUACAAACCCAACAAUCAGAAAUAAAUGCUUAUUUCAACUCCCAACCUCAGGAUGAUUCUACAAGCAUAGAAGAACAAACUGACAAUGGCUUUAACCCCGUUGGGAACAGAAGAAAAAUGGGGUCUAGCCGUAGAAAUAGAGGACGACGACACAUUAAAGACCCUGACGUUGAAUCAUACCUUGAAUCAGAGGAAGUUGUUGGAAAUACAAUGGAUAAUGCAGCCCUUGAAGCUGUGAAAAGACCGUCAAUAACAGAGGCAACAGUGGAGGAAAAAUCAGUGGAAACCAUGCUGGAAGAAAUGGACAAAUUAGACACUUCCCAGACUGAUGAAGUUAGUGAUCAAGUAGAUGAAAAUUUACAAGAGAUGCCAAAUGAAGAGCUUCCCAAUGUUGAUCCUGCAGCAUAUACGGUAAACAAGGAAAGAGAUGAGGACACAGAAUUGUUAAGUCAGCAUGGAAAUGUACAAGUCAGUGAAUCACAUGUAGAAUCAGAAGAUGUAGAGUUUUCUACCACACCAGAGAUUAUCAAUGAUAAAACCAGCCUCAGAGAAAUCACUGAAAUUGAACACAAUGAUGAGCAAGCAACAUUGUCAUUACCAACAGAGGUCUUGUCAACAACUGACGAACUAAAAGAUCAUCUCAAUUUAUCUGAAGUCAAAGAUGUUCAGCAUUCAGAAGAUGCUGUAAAUGAAGAGCACAAACAGGAGAUAAAACCAACACAAAUGGAAGAGAUCCAUCAAAAUGAUUACUCUUCUGAAAGUGUUGUACAUGAUGUCACAGAAAAGUCUGAUACCCGCUCUGAAAACCUGAUUGAACAAGCUGAAGUCAGGGACACAUAUCAAUCAGAGCUGAGUGUGAAAACAACUGAUGAUUCUUCUACCAAGCAGGAUGUUUCAAAUCCUAAUGACAAACAAGAUGAGGGUCCCAUUAAAGAAAGCAAUAUGGAGGCUUUGGACCAGAGAAAUGAGGAUGAUAAUGUAUCCAAUACCAAGGAACCAUUGAUCAGCAACAUAGAACCAUGUCAGGUAUAUGAAGGCGAAGGCCAAGUAGAGGACGAUCUAAAUCCCAGUGCUGAACAAAGUGUUUAUCAUGUUAUGGAAGGAAUCCUCUCUGACCCUGAGGAGUGCAAAUCCUCUCUACAAACCCAACAAUCAGAAAUAAAUGCUCCUUUGGACUCCCAACCUCAGGAUGAUUCUAUGAGCAUAGAAGAACAAACUGACAACGGCUUUAACCCCAUUGGGAACAGAAGAAAAAUGGGGUCUAGCCGUAUAAAUAGAGGAAGACGACACAUUAAGGACCCUGUCGUUGAAUCAUACCUUAAACCAGAGGAAGUUGUUGGAAAUACAAUGGAUAAUGCAGCCCUUGAAGCUGUGGAAAGACCAUCAAUAACAGAGGCAACAGUGGAGGAAAAAUCAGUGGAAACCAUGCUGGAAGAAAUGGACAAAUUAGACACUUCCCAGACUGAUGAAGUUAGUGAUCAAGUAGAUGAAAAUUUACAAGAAAUGCCAAAUGAAGAGCGUCCCAAUGUUGAUCCCGCAGCAUAUACAGUAAACAAGGAAAGAGAUGAGGACACAGAAUUGUUAAGUCAGCAUGGAAAUGUACAAGUCAGUGAAUCACAUGUAGAAUCAAAAGAUGUAGAGUUUUCUACCACACCAGAGAUUAUCAAUGAUAAAACCAGACUCAGAGAAAUCACUGAAAUUGAACACAAUGAUGAGCAAGCAACAUUGUCAUUACCAACACAGGGCUUGUCAACAAAUGAGGAACUAAAAGAUCAUCUCAAUUUAUCUGAAGUCAAAGAUGUUCAGCAUUCAGAAGAUGCUGUAAAUGAAGAGCACAAACAGGAGGUAAAACCAACACAAUUGGAAGAGAUGCAUCAAAAUUAUUACUCUUCUGAAAGUGUUGUACAUGAUGUCACAGAAAAGUCUGAUACCCGCUCUGAAAACCUGAUUGAACAAGCUGAAGUCAGGGACACAUAUCAAUCAGAGCUGAGUGUGAAAACAACUGAUGAUUCUUCUACCAAGCAGGACAUUUCAAAUCCUGAUGACAAACAAGAUGAGGGUCCCAUUAAAGAAAGCAAUAUGGAGGCUUUGGACCAGAGAAAUGAGGAUGAUAAUGUAUCCAAUACCAAGGAACCAUUGAUCAGCAACAUAGAACCAUGUCAGGUAUAUGAAGGCGAAGGCCAAGUAGAGGACGAUCUAAAUCCCAGUGCUGAACAAAGUGUUUAUCAUGUUAUGGAAGGAAUCCUCUCUGACCCUGAGGAGUGCAAAUCCUCUCUACAAACCCAACAAUCAGAAAUAAAUGCUCCUUUGGACUCCCAACUUCAGGAUGAUUCUAUGAGCAUAGAAGAACAAACUGACAACGGCUUUAACCCCGUUGGGAACAGAAGAAAAAUGGGGUCAAGCCGUAUAAAUAGAGGAAGACGACACAUUAAGGACCCUGUCGUUGAAUCAUACCUUAAACCAGAGGAAGUUGUUGGAAAUACAAUGGAUAAUGCAGCCCUUGAAGCUGUGGAAAGACCAUCAAUAACAGAGGCAACAGUGGAGGAAAAAUCAGUGGAAACCAUGCUGGAAGAAAUGGACAAAUUAGACACUUCCCAGACUGAUGAAGUUAGUGAUCAAGUAGAUGAAAAUUUACAAGAGAUGCCAAAUGAAGAGCUUCCCAAUGUUGAUCCUGCAGCAUAUACGGUAAACAAGGAAAGAGAUGAGGACACAGAAUUGUUAAGUCAGCAUGGAAAUGUACAAGUCAGUGAAUCACAUGUAGAAUCAGAAGAUGUAGAGUUUUCUACCACACCAGAGAUUAUCAAUGAUAAAACCAGCCUCAGAGAAAUCACUGAAAUUGAACACAAUGAUGAGCAAGCAACAUUGUCAUUACCAACAGAGGUCUUGUCAACAACUGACGAACUAAAAGAUCAUCUCAAUUUAUCUGAAGUCAAAGAUGUUCAGCAUUCAGAAGAUGCUGUAAAUGAAGAGCACAAACAGGAGAUAAAACCAACACAAAUGGAAGAGAUCCAUCAAAAUGAUUACUCUUCUGAAAGUGUUGUACAUGAUGUCACAGAAAAGUCUGAUACCCGCUCUGAAAACCUGAUUGAACAAGCUGAAGUCAGGGACACAUAUCAAUCAGAGCUGAGUGUGAAAACAACUGAUGAUUCUUCUACCAAGCAGGAUGUUUCAAAUCCUAAUGACAAACAAGAUGAGGGUCCCAUUAAAGAAAGCAAUAUGGAGGCUUUGGACCAGAGAAAUGAGGAUGAUAAUGUAUCCAAUACCAAGGAACCAUUGAUCAGCAACAUAGAACCAUGUCAGGUAUAUGAAGGCGAAGGCCAAGUAGAGGACGAUCUAAAUCCCAGUGCUGAACAAAGUGUUUAUCAUGUUAUGGAAGGAAUCCUCUCUGACCCUGAGGAGUGCAAAUCCUCUCUACAAACCCAACAAUCAGAAAUAAAUGCUCCUUUGGACUCCCAACCUCAGGAUGAUUCUAUGAGCAUAGAAGAACAAACUGACAACGGCUUUAACCCCAUUGGGAACAGAAGAAAAAUGGGGUCUAGCCGUAUAAAUAGAGGAAGACGACACAUUAAGGACCCUGUCGUUGAAUCAUACCUUAAACCAGAGGAAGUUGUUGGAAAUACAAUGGAUAAUGCAGCCCUUGAAGCUGUGGAAAGACCAUCAAUAACAGAGGCAACAGUGGAGGAAAAAUCAGUGGAAACCAUGCUGGAAGAAAUGGACAAAUUAGACACUUCCCAGACUGAUGAAGUUAGUGAUCAAGUAGAUGAAAAUUUACAAGAAAUGCCAAAUGAAGAGCGUCCCAAUGUUGAUCCCGCAGCAUAUACAGUAAACAAGGAAAGAGAUGAGGACACAGAAUUGUUAAGUCAGCAUGGAAAUGUACAAGUCAGUGAAUCACAUGUAGAAUCAAAAGAUGUAGAGUUUUCUACCACACCAGAGAUUAUCAAUGAUAAAACCAGACUCAGAGAAAUCACUGAAAUUGAACACAAUGAUGAGCAAGCAACAUUGUCAUUACCAACACAGGGCUUGUCAACAAAUGAGGAACUAAAAGAUCAUCUCAAUUUAUCUGAAGUCAAAGAUGUUCAGCAUUCAGAAGAUGCUGUAAAUGAAGAGCACAAACAGGAGGUAAAACCAACACAAUUGGAAGAGAUGCAUCAAAAUUAUUACUCUUCUGAAAGUGUUGUACAUGAUGUCACAGAAAAGUCUGAUACCCGCUCUGAAAACCUGAUUGAACAAGCUGAAGUCAGGGACACAUAUCAAUCAGAGCUGAGUGUGAAAACAACUGAUGAUUCUUCUACCAAGCAGGACAUUUCCAAUCCUGAUGACAAACAAGAUGAGAGUCCCAUUAAAGAAAGCAAUAUGGAGGCUUUGGACCAGAGAAAUGAGGAUGAUAAUGUAUCCAAUACCAAGGAACCAUUGAUCAGCAACAUAGAACCAUGUCAGGUAUAUGAAGGCGAAGGCCAAGUAGAGGACGAUCUAAAUCCCAGUGCUGAACAAAGUGUUUAUCAUGUUAUGGAAGGAAUCCUCUCUGACCCUGAGGAGUGCAAAUCCUCUCUACAAACCCAACAAUCAGAAAUAAAUGCUCCUUUGGACUCCCAACUUCAGGAUGAUUCUAUGAGCAUAGAAGAACAAACUGACAACGGCUUUAACCCCGUUGGGAACAGAAGAAAAAUGGGGUCAAGCCGUAUAAAUAGAGGAAGACGACACAUUAAGGACCCUGUCGUUGAAUCAUACCUUAAACCAGAGGAAGUUGUUGGAAAUACAAUGGAUAAUGCAGCCCUUGAAGCUGUGGAAAGACCAUCAAUAACAGAGGCAACAGUGGAGGAAAAAUCAGUGGAAACCAUGCUGGAAGAAAUGGACAAAUUAGACACUUCCCAGACUGAUGAAGUUAGUGAUCAAGUAGAUGAAAAUUUACAAGAAAUGCCAAAUGAAGAACGUCCCAAUGUUGAUCCCGCAGCAUAUACAGUAAACAAGGAAAGAGAUGAGGACACAGAAUUGUUAAGUCAGCAUGGAAAUGUACAAGUCAGUGAAUCACAUGUAGAAUCAAAAGAUGUAGAGUUUUCUACCACACCAGAGAUUAUCAAUGAUAAAACCAGACUCAGAGAAAUCACUGAAAUUGAACACAAUGAUGAGCAAGCAACAUUGUCAUUACCAACACAGGGCUUGUCAACAAAUGAGGAACUAAAAGAUCAUCUCAAUUUAUCUGAAGUCAAAGAUGUUCAGCAUUCAGAAGAUGCUGUAAAUGAAGAGCACAAACAGGAGGUAAAACCAACACAAUUGGAAGAGAUGCAUCAAAAUUAUUACUCUUCUGAAAGUGUUGUACAUGAUGUCACAGAAAAGUCUGAUACCCGCUCUGAAAACCUGAUUGAACAAGCUGAAGUCAGGGACACAUAUCAAUCAGAGCUGAGUGUGAAAACAACUGAUGAUUCUUCUACCAAGCAGGACAUUUCAAAUCCUGAUGACAAACAAGAUGAGGGUCCCAUUAAAGAAAGCAAUAUGGAGGCUUUGGACCAGAGAAAUGAGGAUGAUAAUGUAUCCAAUACCAAGGAACCAUUGAUCAGCAACAUAGAACCAUGUCAGGUAUAUGAAGGCGAAGGCCAAGUAGAGGACGAUCUAAAUCCCAGUGCUGAACAAAGUGUUUAUCAUGUUAUGGAAGGAAUCCUCUCUGACCCUGAGGAGUGCAAAUCCUCUCUACAAACCCAACAAUCAGAAAUAAAUGCUCCUUUGGACUCCCAACUUCAGGAUGAUUCUAUGAGCAUAGAAGAACAAACUGACAACGGCUUUAACCCCGUUGGGAACAGAAGAAAAAUGGGGUCAAGCCGUAUAAAUAGAGGAAGACGACACAUUAAGGACCCUGUCGUUGAAUCAUACCUUAAACCAGAGGAAGUUGUUGGAAAUACAAUGGAUAAUGCAGCCCUUGAAGCUGUGGAAAGACCAUCAAUAACAGAGGCAACAGUGGAGGAAAAAUCAGUGGAAACCAUGCUGGAAGAAAUGGACAAAUUAGACACUUCCCAGACUGAUGAAGUUAGUGAUCAAGUAGAUGAAAAUUUACAAGAAAUGCCAAAUGAAGAGCGUCCCAAUGUUGAUCCCGCAGCAUAUACAGUAAACAAGGAAAGAGAUGAGGACACAGAAUUGUUAAGUCAGCAUGGAAAUGUACAAGUCAGUGAAUCACAUGUAGAAUCAAAAGAUGUAGAGUUUUCUACCACACCAGAGAUUAUCAAUGAUAAAACCAGACUCAGAGAAAUCACUGAAAUUGAACACAAUGAUGAGCAAGCAACAUUGUCAUUACCAACACAGGGCUUGUCAACAAAUGAGGAACUAAAAGAUCAUCUCAAUUUAUCUGAAGUCAAAGAUGUUCAGCAUUCAGAAGAUGCUGUAAAUGAAGAGCACAAACAGGAGGUAAAACCAACACAAUUGGAAGAGAUGCAUCAAAAUUAUUACUCUUCUGAAAGUGUUGUACAUGAUGUCACAGAAAAGUCUGAUACCCGCUCUGAAAACCUGAUUGAACAAGCUGAAGUCAGGGACACAUAUCAAUCAGAGCUGAGUGUGAAAACAACUGAUGAUUCUUCUACCAAGCAGGACAUUUCAAAUCCUGAUGACAAACAAGAUGAGGGUCCCAUUAAAGAAAGCAAUAUGGAGGCUUUGGACCAGAGAAAUGAGGAUGAUAAUGUAUCCAAUACCAAGGAACCAUUGAUCAGCAACAUAGAACCAUGUCAGGUAUAUGAAGUUGGAGGCCAAGUAGAGGACAAUUUAAAACCCAGUGCUAAACAAACUGUUCACCAGGUGAUUGAAGGAAUCCUCUCUGAUCCUGAGGAGUGCAAAUCCUCUUUACAAACCCAACAAUCAGAAAUAAAUGCUCCUUUGGACUCCCAACCUCAGGAUGAUUCUAUGAGCAUAGAAGAACAAACCGACAAUGGCUUUAACCCCGUUGGGAACAGAAGAAAAAUGGGGUCUAGCCGUAGAAAUAGAGGAAGACGACACAUUAAGGACCCUGUCGUUGAAUCAUACCUUGAAUCAGAGGAAGUUGUUGGAAAUACAAUGGAUAAUGCAGUCCUUGAAGCUGUGAAAAGACCGUCAAUAACAGAGGCAACAGUGGAGGAAAAAUCAGUGGAAACCAUGCUGGAAGAAAUGGACAAAUUAGACACUUCCCAGACUGAUGAAGUUAGUGAUCAAGUAGAUGAACAUUUACAAGAGAUGCCAAAUGAAGAGCUUCCCAAUGUUGAUCCUGUUGCACAUACAGUAAACAAGGAAAGAGAUGAGGACACAGAAUUGUUAAGUCAGCAUGGAAAUGUACAAGUCAGUGAAUCACAUGUAGAAUCAAAAGAUGUAGAGUUUUCUACCACACCAGAGAUUAUCAAUGAUAAAACCAGCCUCAGAGAAAUCACUGAAAUUGAACACAAUGAUAAGCAAGCAACAUUGUCAUUACCAACAGAGGGCUUGUCAACAACUGAGGAACUAAAAGAUCAUCUCAAUUUAUCUGAAGUCAAAGAUGCUCAGCAUUCAGAAGAUGCUGUAAAUGAAGAGCACAAACAGGAGGUAAAACCAACACAAAUGGAAGAGAUUCAUCAAAAUGAUUACUCUUCUGAAAGUGUUGUACAUGAUGUCACAGAAAAGUCUGAUACCCGCUCUGAAAACCUGAUUGAACAAGCUGAAGUCAGGGACACAUUUCAAUCAGAGCUGAGUGUGAAAACAACUGAUGAUUCUUCUACCAAACAGGACGUUUCAAAUCCUGAUGACAAACAAGAUGAGGGUCCCAUUAAAGAAAGCAAUAUGGAGGCUUUGGACCAGAGAAAUGAGGAUGAUAAUGUAUCCAAUACCAAGGAACCAUUGAUCAGCAACAUAGAACCAUGUCAGGUAUAUGAAGUUGAAGGCCAAGUAGAGGACAAUUCUAUGAGCAUAGAAGAACAAACUGACAAUGGCUUCAACCCAGUUGGGAACAGAAGAAAAAUGGGGUCUAGCCGUAGAAAUAGAGGAAGACGACACAUUAAGGACCCUGUUGUUGAAUUAUACCUUGAACCAACAGAGGAAGUUGUUGAAAAUACAAUGGAUAAUGCAGCCCUUGAAGCUGUGGAAAGACCAUCAAUAACAGAGGCAACAGUGGAGGAAAAAUCAGUGGAAACCAUGCUGGAAGAAAUGAACAAAUUAGACACUUCUCAGACUGAUGAAGUUAGUGAUCAAGUAGAUAACAAUUCACAAGAGAUGCCAAAUGAAGAGCUUCCCAAUGUUGAUCCCGCAGCAUAUACAGUAAACAAGGAAAGAGAUGAGGACACAGAAUUGUUAAGUCAGCAUGGAAGUGUACAAGUCAGUGUAGAAUCAGUACAUGUAAAAUCAGAAGAUGUAGAGUUUUCUACCACACCAGAUCUUACUACUGAAAAAAGCAGCCUUGAUGAAGACACAGGACUUGUACACGUUUUACACAAUGUUCAGAAAGCAGCAUUUUCAUCAUCAAAUGGGAAGUCUAUAAAUGAGGAACAAAGUGAGCAAGUCAGAGUUACCCAGCAUUCAGUGGACACUUUAAAUAAGGUGCAUGACCAGGACGUUAAGGCACCACCAACGCCUAAAAUGGAUUAUUCCUCAGGGAAGGAUGAAUCUUCUGUACAAUCAGGAAUACAAUAUCCUUUGGACUCCCAACCUCAGGAUGAUUCUGUGAGUAUCAAAGCACAAACUCACACAGGCUUCAAUCCCACAGUUAACAGAAGAAAAAUGGGGUCAAGUCGAAGACAUAAAGGAAGACAGUUUGUCAAGGACUCUGUUGCUGUAACAGACAUGGACCCUAAAUAUGAAGCAAUAGAAAAUACCUUGGAGGAACAAGCAUUUGAAACAAUGAAAAUGUCAUCAGCAUCAGAGACUACAAAGCAGGAAGAAUUUAAAGAGCAAACCGACCUAGGCCUCGAACCCGCUGAGGUAAGAAUUUACUCAACUUUGAAUAAAGAAGACAACACAGAAAAUAACCAGGAGCAAGACACGAUUUUGUCAGAGAAUGUUGUUCUUCAGCAAGAAGAAGCCUUUCAGGUACAAAACAUGGGGGCUAUAUCUUCUGACAAAAAUAACUAUAAUACUGAAGCAGAGAGCUCAAUAAAUGUACAUAUUUCUGGACAAGAUGAAGUUGGAGGAAAAUGUGAAGCCCAAGAGAUAAAUGUUUCACAUGAGGUCUCACAUGCGGAACUUUUAUCUGCUGACACAUUGUCUACAUUGCACAUUGGUCAUGAGGGAGCAGAGCCAGCUGUGGACGUAUCUGAGAAUAGUGGAAUCUCUAAUAUAGAUGAUGCACAUCAGAGGCAACAAGGUACACAAGUUACUUCAGAUUACAGCGAAAACUUGCAAAUAAAAUCCAAACAGAGGAAAAGAAAGUUGGGAUCUACUCGUAGGGAUCUCAUCAGGAAACAAGAGGUAGAAACAUACAACAAAUAUGAAACAGAAGAAAGUGACUUACCCGCAGAAUCUGAUACAACAAAUCUUGACAAGGUGCAAGAGGUGGCAAAGGUACAAUUGAUAGUAACAACACAUGUAUCACAAAAUGAAAAUGCAAAACUACCAUUGAGUACUGUGCAUAAAGAGCAACAGGAAAUUAAUGAAGCCAGCGCUGUUCAAGACCAGCAGGGAACCAUACAUAGCAGUACCUAUGACCUGCAAAGUACAGAGAGCAAUAGGAUAUCAGGCAUAGGAGAUUUUAUGGCUUUCCUUCCUGAACAAUCUGCUUCCUUCAGUGAGGAAGUAGUUAAUGCUAUUAAGUAUUUCCAGGUGCCUGAUACAGGGGACAAAAAUGUGGUGGACGAUGUUACAAGAUCGGGCCAUGGUACUAAUGAAAAGGAGGAUUUGGUACAGACAACAGAAGCAUCUGGUGUGGCUGUGGCAGACUUGGAAAUAGAGAAAUAUGUAAUCAGAGGAGGAGCUGAAGAAGGGCAUAAAAAUGCCCAGGCUGAUAUACAAGAGCCAAAAGAUGUGAAUGAGGGAGCUCACAUUACAAACUUUGAGAUGAAGUAUGCAAGUCCAAAUUUAAAUCCAACAAACAGGAGGAGAAAGUUGGGCUCCACACGCAAGAAUCUAGUAACCAAAAGGGAAGAAGUACAUCAAAAGCAGAAGGUGGAUGAUGAGACAACAGAAACAAACAUAGGAGAUGUAAUGAGUGAAGGUGUCUCUGGCAUUAAAGAGAAAGAGCUACAGCUUCAGAAAGAAAACAAAGACAGUGACUCUGAACCAGGGAAAGAAGCAGUGGAGCCCAGCCACGCUGGUGAUUCUUACACAAAACCUCCAGGUCACCAGGAAGUUGAAGAAAAUCCUGCUGUCUCAGGCCAACUGGAAGAAACAGAACGUCAUCUGACUCUAGAUGACAUCCCUGCAAAACUAGCCUCCUCUCCUAAACAUGAUGCAACAUCAGAAUCAGCAUAUGGAGGGAGAAGAAAAAAAUUUGGAUCUAACCGGAAGUCACAUGGACACAAAACUGCCAGAGAGGACAGAAUAAUAGAAACUAGGAGAGAUGUCAAAAUAAUCACAGAAGAAAGUGGCAUCAAGAUCUUGGAAGAACACAGAGAAGAAUCGGGUCUGGACAAAAAGUCAGAGGUUAUGGAAAGUGACAAGACACCAUUAUCCAACGUCAGCAUCUCAGAGACAGGAGGGCACUCAGAGACUGAGAGUGAGAAGACUUCAAUCCGCCUGGGUCAAGAGAGUCAAAGCAGUCUUUCUUUAGGUGACUCCAAUGGAGCAGGCCGUUACAAUGUGGUCAUGAUUGGAGACAGCAAUGUGGGCAAGACCUCCUUCAUGAAAAGAGCUCAAAGCGGGAAGUUUUCUUUUGAUAUACCCGCCUCUGUUGGUCUUGAUUCAUGCUUGUGGACUGUGGUAGUAGACGGAAAGCCUGUGAUGCUUCAGCUGUGGGAUACAGCUGGUCAAGAGAGGUUUCACAGCAUCACCAAACAGAUAUUCCAUAAAGCCCAGGCCUUUCUCUUGAUGUAUGACAUAACCUCCCCUCAGAGCUUCUCUGCAGUCCGCUACUGGGCGGGCUGUAUUCAGAAUGGGGCUGUGGAAGACGUCACCAUUUUACUUCUUGGCAAUAAGAGUGAUCAUGCAGAACGUAAGGUUACAAAUCGUGAAGGGGAAAUUCUUGCUAAGGAGUACAACUCUGACUUCAUGGAGUGUAGCGCUGCCACGGGCGAAAAUGUGGUUCAGUCUUUGGAAAUUGUGGCCAGGCUGUUGAGUCAAAAAGUUGACACAAGAAAGGAAGCCGUGGUUUUACAAAAAGAGCCUCCAAAGAAGAAAACAUCAGGAUGUUGCUGAACAGAUGUGAAGUGUUGAAAUCCUGCACACAGUGGACAUGUUGUACUGGCUUUUAUGAAAAAGUAAUGAUUUUUUUUUUCUUUCUGUAUUGUAAAAUGCUUCAGUUCAUUUUGCACUGUAGGUUUAAUCUUGUUUGACAAAUCUACCCGUUCAACUGAUCUCACUCAAUCAAUAUUGGAUCUUGCUCAAGACCGAUAUAUUCCAAUUUAAAGAUGUAAUAAGUGAUCUCACUGAGAAACCACUUUUUUUUAUUACUUUAGCACUUUCAAAGGUUUCUGAGGUAACUGAUUUAAAACCAUGGGAAGACUUUCCACAAGGAGAGUCCUCUACAUUGUUCAGCUGUUGAAUUAUUGUUCAACAAUGUCUACUUUAUGGAAAUUAAUUAUUCAUUUUACUUCUGAGAAUAAAUAUAUUGUAAUUGUGUGUUUAUAAAUAUAUAUUUAUAGCCUAAACCUUUAAGUAUCACCAUCAUUGUUCAACCUUAACCAGCAAAUGACAGUUUAGAUGAUAUGGUAACCAUUGAUAUUAUCAGAGUCAAUAAAUAUCUCAAAAAUAUGAACUUAUUUGAGUACAUUUCAGUGUUUAAGAGCAACUUAUGUGAGCAAAUCUUUUCAUUUUAGCUGUUAAUUGCAUAAUUUUGUUCAAUUAUGUUUUAUUAAGUUUUUAUUAUGAUUUUGUAUGUUCAUUUGUUUUAAAUGAUGUUGGCAAUAUGUGCUAUUGUCACACAGCCACCUGGUCAGCCAUAUGUUCAUUAAUCUGUCUAUAAUUUUAUCUGAUUAUAAUUCAAUUGACACACUUUAAAUCUCCAUGUUAUUUUUGUGUGUAUUUCCCUUUAACUUGUGUUGCUGUAUUGUGUCUCUAAAUACCUUGAAUCACAUUGCUCUAAUGAUAUGCUUAAUAAACCUCCUA